GACCCAACCUUGUGCGAGGAAUCUACGAAGGUGCUGGAGACCCCUUCCUUGUCCAGCCUUCUCAAGGCCUUGAUCCUCCUCCGCCUUUACGCACUUCCGGUGACGUUCAUCGCUGAGAUUUGCUGAGUGCGGUGCAGCCAAGCGAAAAGCCCUGAAGCUAGAGCAGCGCGAUGGAUGGUCCUGUGCAGCUGAUUAAGGCCCUCCUAGCCUUGCCUAUCCGACCGGCGACGUGCCGGUGGAGGAACCCGAUUCCCUUUCCCGAGACGUUUGAUGGCGACACCGACCGGCUGCCGGAGUUCAUCGUGCAGACGGGCUCCUACAUGUUCGUGGACGAGAACACGUUCUCCAGCGACGCCCUCAAGGUGACGUUCCUCAUCACCCGCCUCACCGGGCCGGCCCUGCAGUGGGUGAUCCCCUACAUCCAGAAUAACAGCCCCCUGCUCAGUAAUUACCGGGGCUUCCUGGCCGAGAUGAAGCGCGUCUUUGGCUGGGAGGAGGACGAGGACUUCUAGGCCGAGAGACCCUCGGGCGCGGGGGCGGCUGCUCCGGGGAGGUCUGUCCAUGCCAGGUGCCUCCACUGCUGCCACCACCAGGGUGGCCACAGCUGCCCUCAGCCCUUGCUGUGCCUCUCUCCAGUUGGGUCUGCUACAAUCGCCUGUGAGCUCCUGUCCCCGCCCCUGUCGUGCUUGCCUCUGUUCCAAGAGUAGCUCUCCAGGCUGCUGCUGAUACCACAGGGCUUAGUCCUGGAUUGAGAGGCCACUGCUGCUGCCUGCCUCUGCUGUCUGCUGCUGCCUCCUGCCCAUCCAGCCCAGCCUAGCCCAGCCCCUCCCAUGCACAUUUGGAAGCUGUCCUGUGCUCCAGCUGCCAGAGGGGCUCCUGUUACACAGGGGACAGUCCAUCCACAGCCUGCAGCUGCGAAGGCCCCCUGCCACACUGCCAGACUGCUGCUCAGU